AUGACGCCCCCGCUUCUGCCCAGCCUCGCUGGUCCUCUCAUCAGGCUACUUCUACUCUCUGUUAUCAUUUCUCGUUCAACGUGUCGUCAUGCAUUAGACUCCGAUGCCGAUCUCGAUGCUGAACUCAACGGGAAGAACGCCAGUCAAGACAUCAGCUCAAGGCAAUGUAGCCAUCUGUUAAAGCGUCAAGAGUGGAGAACGCUGAGUGACGAGCACAAGUCGGAAUACAUACGUGCUGUGAAGUGCACCAGGAAAUUGCCCAAGCUAUCUUCGUACGCCGGUGUGCAGUCGCGGUUCGACGAUUUUCAAGCGGUUCAUAUCCACACGGCGGAUUCAAUACAUUAUACAGGGCACUUUUUACCUUGGCAUCGCCGUUUCGUCACCCUAUUUGAACAGACACUCCGGAGGGAUUGCGAUUAUCGAGGCGCCAUACCAAUCCGCACUUCGCCCGUUUUCGAUCCCGUAACAGGCUUUGGUGGGGACGGCGUAAAAGGGACUUAUACCCUCCCUGACAACGUCACCGAGGAAUCGCAAAUUAUACGCAGCACCUUCGUAGGGUGCGUAAUGGACGGCCCAUUUGGGUACAACGCCAGCGAUCCAGAGAGCUUCGUUGUCCAUGGAGGCCCGGGAAAGCUGGUCACGACACACUGCCUCGUGCGAGGUAUUAACGAUGGUUUCAAGCAAUUCUUGAGCGCAGACGUAGUGCAGAACGCUCUUCGACAGCAGACCUACGAAGAGUUUAGAUUGGCGCUAGAAGGAAACGACCAACAUCAUAGACGGGAAGAGUCCAUGGAUGACAGCGACUUGGAACUUUCAGAACACGCCUCUGGGCAUCUUGUCGUCGGUGGUGAACUGGGGAAUCUGUACUCUAGCCCGGGGGAACCCCUCUUCUUUUUGCAUCACGCUAACUUGGAUAGGAUAUGGUGGAACUGGCAAAUCAUGGAUCCCGACCAGCGCCUUGCGGAUAUGUCGGGAAACGUUUUGUCGGAUGACGUUGAAGAUGCCCCCGAAGAUGGAUUAGAAUGGGAGGAUUGGAUCUCUGGUCAACUGCCAGAGGACCACGAUGAUCAAUACAAUGGAAUUGACUUUGGCGGAUUAAAUGCGUCAAGCACAGUCACUCUGGACCUCGGAUUGCGCUUCGGCCCCCUAGGGGAGACAAUCCACAUUAGAGAUAUCAUGGAUAUAACUCAGUUUCCCUCCUGCUACAUAUACAUUUGA